GGGGUAAAUCACUUCCGAUAGGCCUCUACGACCAUCUCACGAGUUCAUCUUCUGUAAUACACGAGCCUUUUUUGUUUCUUUAUUUGGUUCCCCCUCCGCUGGAAUGAUCCUCAACUAUACUGGACGCAGUGCUCUUCUAGCAAGUGCAGCAAUGAGGGAUCGAACCCUGGUUGUUGGAGAGCGAGCGCUUAUCUCUGACAUUCCGACUGGCUCGCUGCGGCCAAAUUGAGUCUCAUCUGCUAACUUAACUUGAACUUGCACUUCGAUUCCAAUACGUCCGCAAUGGCGGACGAGUAUCCUACCCUGUUCCAUUCGGAACAGAUGAGCUUGGUGCAGCUCAUCGUUCCAACCGAAGUUGCACAUGACACCAUCGCAGAACUUGGAGAACUAGGCAACGUUCAAUUCAAAGAUUUAAAUCCCGAGGUCAACCCAUUCCAGCGUUCCUUCGUGAGCGAGAUUCGUCGCAUUGACGAGAUGGCUCGUCGUGUUCGUUUCUUUGCGAAUCAGAUCGAGAAGGAGAAAGAGACAGUAUCUAUUCGCCCCCUAUACGACUCCGCGCCUCUUGUCACCGUAGGCCCCCGUGCUGCCCAAACCAUCGACGAGCUUGAUGUCAAGCUGUCGGAACAUGAAGCUCGCUUGACGCAAAUGAAUGAGAGUUAUCAGUUGUUGAGUGAGCGAAUGAGGGAAUUAGUGGAGGCUAGGCAUGUUUUGAGGGAGACUGCUGUUUUCUUCGAGAAGGCUGCUGGUCAUGAAUCUGACAUUCGAGCUUCUCUCGAUGACAGCGCUGCCCCUCUGCUGCAACAUGAGGAUAGAGAGAACUAUCCUGGUCACGUCGAAUUCGACCUUGAGUUCGUUGCCGGAACGAUCGAGCGUUCCCGCCUGGAGACAUUCGAACGUGUACUCUGGCGAGUCCUCCGUGGCAAUUUGUACAUGAACCACACAGACAUUCAGGAACCCUUCGUUGACCCUGUCACUGGUGUUGAGACGCGCAAGAACGUCUUCAUCAUUUUCGCCCAUGGUGAGGUUCUGCUCGCCAAGAUUCGCAAGGUCGCCGAAUCAAUGGGUGCGACGUUGUACCCGAUUGACUCGAACGCGGAUAAACGUGUAGAAUCUCUCCGUGAGGUCACCGGAAGACUUGAAGAUCUUCAGGUUGUUUUGUACAAUACUGGGAACAAUAGGCGCAUGGAGUUGGUCAUGAUCGGCGAACAUCUUGCGAGCUGGCAGGACGUCGUUCAGAAGGAGAAGGUCAUUUACGAGACUCUCAAUCUACUGAACUAUGAUGUUCGCCGUAAAACGCUCAUUGCUGAAGGUUGGUGUCCCACUCGAGACAUUCCCAUGAUCCAAGUUGCUUUACGGCAUGCUACGGAGGAGUCGGGUACCAACGUCCCACCGAUCUUACACGAACUCCGUACCAAUCGAACACCGCCUACGUUCCAUCGUACGAACAAGUUCACAGAAGGGUUCCAGACCAUCAUGGAUGCCUAUGGUAUUGCUUCCUACCAGGAAGUCAAUCCUGGACUCUUCGCAGUGAUCACGUUCCCGUUCUUGUUUGCGGUCAUGUUUGGUGAUAUAGGGCAUGGCUUCAUCUUGUUCGUCUCGGCACUCUUCAUGAUCUUGAGGGAGAGGCAAUGGGCCAAGCAGGAUCUUGGUGAGAUUUUUGGGAUGUUCUUCUUUGGACGAUACAUCAUUCUGCUCAUGGGAGCGUUUUCGAUGUAUACCGGUCUGAUAUACAACGAUAUCUUCUCAAAGUCCUUGCAUCUCUGGCACUCUGGCUGGGACUGGCCUGAGGUACAUGCAAAUGAGACGGCCAUUGCCAUCUCCAAUGGUCAUACUUAUCUUUUCGGUCUUGAUCCUGCUUGGCACGGCGCGGACAACGCAUUAUUGUUCACCAAUUCAUACAAGAUGAAGAUGUCUAUCGUUCUUGGUGUUAUUCAUAUGACCUUCGCUCUCUGUUUGCAAAUCCCCAAUCACAUUCGUUUCAAGCGUUUCUCGGAUCUCUACAGCAACUUCAUCCCCCAAAUGCUCUUCUUGCAAUCUAUCUUUGGCUACCUCGUUUUGUGCAUCCUCUACAAGUGGUCCGUUGAUUGGGAACACUCUCCAACAGGACCUCCUUCUUUGCUGAACAUGCUGAUCGAUAUGUUCCUCAAGCCAGGCACAGUGGACCCCAACACGCAGCUGUAUCGUGGCCAGCCGACCGUACAAGUGAUCCUCUUACUUAUCGCUUUCAUCUGUGUCCCAUGGCUAUUGGUGACAAAGCCAUAUUUGCAGUACAAGGAGACACAGAAGAUCCAGGGACAAGGAUAUAUCGGACUUGGGGGCGACGAGAAUGCGGUUCACAAUUCAGAUGAAGUCCUCGAGGGAGAAGAAGAAGGCAAUGGCCGUGCGAUCGCAGAAGCGAUGGACGAGGAACACGAGCACCACGACUUCGGAGAAGUUAUCAUCCACCAAGUCAUCCAUACUAUUGAGUUCUGUCUGGGCUGCAUCUCACACACCGCCUCGUACUUGCGUCUCUGGGCGCUCUCGCUUGCACAUGCUCAACUGUCUGAGGUACUUUGGGAGAUGACUAUCGGGACGGUAUUGGGAAUGGAGGGUAUUAUCGGCAUAGUUGCCGUUGUGAUCGUGGGCUCUCUUUGGCUCAUACUCACAGUCUUCAUCUUGUGUAUCAUGGAGGGUCUAUCGGCCUUCUUGCACGCGCUGCGUCUGCAUUGGGUCGAAGCGAACAGCAAGCACUACGAAGCGGGGGGAUACCAAUUUACGCCGCUGUCCUUUGCAAAGCUGAACGAGAAGGAGUGAGGUGGCAGGUACAACCCUCGGAUAAUGUGCUCGGACUCCUUCUAUCUCAUGUAGUUAUUAAUGCAUGUAACUGGUAUUCCCAAUGUCCGGUAGUCAGCUGUAACCGAUGUCGGAGGAAACGAUGUGCUUCCCAUUGGCCCAG